CCGACACAGCGGGCAAACAACAACCGCAUUGAGGGGGUCAGCCAAAGUCUAGCGGAUAAAGUCUACAACACACCAACUAUGCAUGGGAACACGAGUGGAAAGAGCGCGAUAUGCCAGGCUAUGGCUUGUAGCCAAGGGCUUAUGCCGUGUCAGGCCUCCAAGUAACUUCCGUAACGGCAUCUCUCCAAACUAUCUAUUUCCAUCCCCCGCGCCGCUACAGUACAUACGUACGCUGGACAUCUGUUCCUCUUUGAAUCAACAUGGACAGCGGCAGCACUGGGAGCAACCAGAGCACGACCGUGUUUCUGACCGAAACCAAGGUCGCGCGGCAUGCAUAUCCAACGCCGGAGCUCGCGGACGUCGAGCCCCUCGUUUCGGGGGUGUCGCUGGUACAUCCUCUUCCUUCCCUCCCUUUGAGGACAAGUUCCCCUCCUUCCAUCUCUCUCAUGACCACGCUAUAAACGUUGUUGCAGAUGUCGCAAUCCACUUUAUUGCUCAAGAAACGAAAGGAACUUCGGGAAAUCAACGAUGCCCUGGACUUUAUGAAGGAAGAGUACGCGCAGCGCGUCGAGACGUGUGCGGAGCGGCAGCGUGAAUUCGAGCGCAAGCAAGAUGAAAUGCGCGAACAAGUGGCCAAGUUUGAAAAGUUCAUCAAAGAAAACGACUCGAAACGCACGCGGGCCGAGCUCAAGGCCAAGACGGAGCACCGAUCGGCUGAACAGAACGACGUCCGGAAGAAACAGCUGGUGCUCCAGCUAGACAAGGACGUGGCUAGUCGCGAGUCGCUUGAAAAACGGAGGGACCAACUGCUCAAGUACCGGACAUACUUGGAUUCGGCGGUGGAGGCGUCCGAGCAAGAGUACGAAGAGAUUGCCGACAUUUUGAACCGCCAUGCCACGUUGUUGGAUGCCAACAACGAUCUUAAAGCGCAAGUGCAAAGUGCCGAAUCCCAGAUUGACAAACUGCGGCAAGACCUGCGGACGUUCAAAACCGAGAUGGAAAACACGAUUUUAGUCCAAAACAGUGAAAUCCAUGGACACCAGCAACACUUGGAAAAGAUUCGCGGGGAAACGUUUCAACUCGACUUGGGCCGCGGCCGCGACGACCGCAUCUCGAACGACCGCAGUCGCGAGUCGGGGCAAAUCGUGCUGGCGAUCAAAAACCUGUACAACCGGUGCCGCACCAGUGGGAAAAUUCCCCCCGUGAAGGAAACCCCCGGCGAAACCAUGGUGUACAUGACGGCGAUAUUAAAAGUGGUCGCGGAACGAAUCGUCGACUUGGACUUUAUCACGACGUCGUAUGCAGGCACCAGUGGUGGCGGGGGCGGCAGUGGGGGUAAUGUAAUCGAAGCGGGGGGCGCCCCCAAUGCAAGACAUCUCAAGCAAAAGAAACUGCCUCUGUAAUGCAGUCCAUUGUACUUCGGAAGUACUACUAUAGUACGUAUACUACUUUCUACUACUAGUACUACAUCCUACUACUAGUAGUUGU